AUGGGUAUCAAGCAGCUCUUUUCUAUCAUCAAAGAGGAGGCCCCCGAAUCAAUCAAGGAGGGUGAAAUCAAGAACCAGUUCGGCCGCAAAGUCGCCAUUGAUGCUUCCAUGAGCAUCUACAGUUUCCUCAUUGCUGUCCGAUCCGAUGGCCAGCAGCUUAUGAACGACAGCGGCGAAACCACCUCCCACUUGAUGGGCAUGUUCUACCGAACCCUACGUAUGGUCGACAACGGCAUCAAGCCCCUCUACGUCUUCGACGGCGCCCCCCCUAAACUCAAGUCGGGAGAGCUGGCCAAGCGAUUCCAGCGCAAGCAGGAGGCCACCGAGGGUCUCGAGGAGGCCAAGGAGACGGGUACUGCCGAGGAUAUCGAAAAGUUUUCGCGACGAACUGUCCGUGUCACUCGUGAGCACAAUGCCGAGUGUCAGCGCCUGCUCAAGCUGAUGGGCAUCCCCUACAUCAUCGCGCCUACCGAGGCUGAGGCGCAGUGUGCUGCGCUGGCGCAUGCCGGCAAGGUGUAUGCAGCAGCCAGUGAGGAUAUGGAUACUCUUUGCUUCAACUCACCCAUUCUGUUGCGACACCUUACCUUCAGCGAGCAGCGAAAGGAGCCCAUCCAGGAAAUCCACCUGGACAAGGUCCUCGAGGGACUCGGUAUGGAGAGGAAGCAGUUUGUCGACCUCUGUAUCCUGCUUGGCUGCGAUUAUCUCGACCCUAUCCCCAAAGUCGGCCCCACCACCGCCCUGAAGAUGAUCCGCGACCAUGGUUCGCUGGAGAAGGUUGUUGAGGCAAUGGAGAAAGAUCCCAAGAAGAAAUACGUGAUACCCGAGGACUGGCCCUACAAGGAUGCGCGGGACCUAUUCUUUGAGCCCGACGUGCGCAAGGCGGACGACCCCCAGUGCGACUUCAAGUGGGAGAAGCCCGAUAUGGAUGGACUAGUGCAAUUCCUCGUCACCGAGAAGGGCUUCUCAGAGGAUCGUGUCCGCAGCGGAGGCGCGCGCCUGGAGAAGACGAUGAAGAGCUCGCAGCAGGCUCGUCUAGAGGGAUUCUUCAAGCCGAUCCCCAAGACAGACUCGGAAAAGGCGGCGCAUAAGCGAAAGCUGGAGGAGAAGAAUGAAGAGAAGAAGAAGAAGCUUAAGCAGGAGAAGAAGGACAAGGCGGCCGCCAAGUCCAAGCCUCGUGGAGGAGCGUAG